AUGGAGAGUAUCAUCGAUGCCGAUGCAUCGGGCGCCCGCGCGACCUUGAGACAGAGAGUGACCAACGCCUGUGAAGCGUGCAGGGUGGCCAAGGUCAAGUGCCAGACCGGGAUACAACCUGGAAUCUGUCAAAGGUGUCUCGAGUUCAAGAGAGAAUGCAUCUUCCGCACCGGCCCCAGAACCCGCCGCCCGCGCCAAUCCAGACUGAACCAGGACGCCCCAAGACCUCCUCCACCACCGGGGCCAUCCAAGACCUUCAGCAUUGACUUUGGCAUGCCUCAGUUGGAAGAGCCCGACGACUUUGAGACUAUUGCCGCACAACACGAGAGGUACUUCGAAGAGCUCAUACCUUUGUCUGACCCGGAGUCCAUCAACAUCAUGCUCGGCCUCGAGGACCCCGGUAGCGGGCCCUACUCUACCAUAUCAACCCCGCCGUCCUCAGGCUCAGGCCCGUCAAUCUCCGUAUCGAACCUCGGCCUCAAACCCCAGUUCAACCUCGACUCCGCCGAGAAACUUCUGCAGACUUUCCGCGCCAUGUUGAAGCAUUUUCCCUGCGUGGCACUUCCACCGGACGCUACGGUCAUGUCUCUGUCCAAGACCAAGCCGUUCCUGCUUCUCGCCAUUCUUUCAACGGCGUCCGCCUCCAGUGCGUUACAGGGACACACACUUUACGAUGAAGAGUUCCGCAAGAUCCUCGGCCUCAAAUUCGUGGCUGGCAGCGAGCGAACCCUGGAGCUCCUCCAAGGCCUGCUCAUCUAUACGGCGUGGUAUCCUUUUCACCUCCGGCCAAAGAGCAAACAGGGCUUUCACUACGUCCGCAUGGCAGCCGAGAUCCUCCACGACCUCGGUCUCGACCACCCACCCUACCAAAACGCGGGCGUGUCUACCCCACCUAUAGCGGACCAGAUGGAAGGCAUCCGCGCCUACUUGUCGUGCUACUAUCUGGUUACAGCGCACGUGCUGCCCUACCUGCAAAUGUCUCCAGCACGACUCCCGUACACCUCGUGGACCGGUACCUGCUGCGACCUCCUCGAGCGCAGCUCUGCUCUCAAGGGAGACCAUACCCUUGCGUGGCUCGCAAGAUUACUGCACAUCACCGAGGAGGCGUCUGAGAUGAUGAAGAAUGCUCCGGCCACGGAGCAGGCGAAACAACAGGCUCACUUCAUGUUUCUCGGGCUCGAUAGCCAGCUCAGGGAAUGGCAAAACCAAUUACCCAGCAGUCUAGGUGACGUUAAUUCUAUCAAAAUUGCAACCCUGUUCACCGAAAUUUUCCUCCUCGCCGGUCCCAUCUACCGCCUCGCCUCCACAUCGAAGAUGGGCGAUCCAUUUCUCGGCCCGCCCAUCCCCGCCCCGCGCCUCGAGCGUUGCCUGGUGCUCCUACGCAGCUUCUUCGAUUUUACCGUCAACCUCGACAAAACCGCCUUCCUCGAGAUGAGCUGCAUCGAUUGGUGCCGCUUCAUUCAGGUCGUCAUCGUUGCCGUCCGCGUGUCUUUUCCACUGCCGCUGUGUCCUGAGUGGGACCACGCGCGGGCUCGUGAACAGCUGCAGUUCGACUCCUACCUCGCCAAACUGUCGGCGCACCACGAGGAGUUGACGCCGUCGACGAAGAGCAUGGACGUCUAUUCUGCGAGCCAGGUCGUGUUCGCGGUUAUCAAGCGCAAGUACGAGGGCCGCAUGGCGAAUAUUUGUGCACCGGUGAACCAGCUGCCAAGGAGUAUUCGCGGAUGCCCCAUGUUCGAUGGGAGUCUGGAUCCUUAUUUUCCCAUAUGGGACCAGGACAUCAACCUGACCGGCGCACACGGGUUGGUCCCGCCUGUGCUAAAUGGAACGACGACGGCGGUGAACGGCCAGGAUCUCUACAAUGACCUGUGGGCUACGAUGACCAUGGGUCCAGAGGAGAUGAAUGGGGAUUCAGAUCAGGGUUUCGAUCUGAUCUAA